AUGUGUCCAGGAUGUUUUAAUGAUAUAAAAUCGUCAAUGAAACCAGAAUGUUCUAUAUGUCGUGACAGUUUAUUACCAGUGCCUAUUGUUAAUCGUGACGUGUUAAAUUUAAUACAAGCUGUGUUUGAAUCAAUGGCUGCUAUACCAGUAAUCAAAACAGAAGAAUUAAUAGUAGAAUCUAAACCAUUUGGAUAUGGUGGUAGUGCUGAUGUGUUUCGUGCACAAUGGAACCGACAAACUGUAGUCAUAAAACGUUUACGUACCAAUACAAGUGAUCCAAAACAAUUAUCUCAAUUGAAAGGAGAAAUAAGUAUUCAUGUUGGAUUACGACAUCCUUGUAUUAUUUCUUUAUAUGGAUAUACGAGUAAUGGUGAUGGUAGAGAAAUUGUUAUGGAAUAUGCAGAACGUGGUUCAUUAAAUCAAAACUGGAAAAAUGUUGAUAAAACACAACUCAUCAAUUGGGCAAUCGAUAUUAUUGAUGGUCUACAAUAUUUACACAGUCGAAAAAUUUCGCACAGAGAUCUCAAACCCGAAAAUAUUUUAAUUGCCCAAGAUAAUCGUGCAAAAUUAUCAGAUUUUGGAAUGGCAAGAGUAUUAGCAACAAUUCAGCAUAAUACAUCAGGCAGUGGCACACCAAAAUAUACAGCUCCUGAAUUACUUGAUCCUGAUACUAAGUAUGGUGAAGAAGUUGAUAUAUAUAGUCUAUCAUUGAUUCUCUAUGAAAUGUUUUCGGGAAAAGUAGCAUUUGAAAAUUUGAAUUCACAUCAACUUCUUACUGCUGUUUAUAUGCAUAAAAAACGACCUGGUUUUGACUCAACAUUUCCAAAAAAUCUUCGAGAAAAAAUUGAACUUGGAUGGUCUCAUGAAGCAAAAGAACGUUGUACACUCGAUGAUUUUCUACAAGUAUUACUAGAAAUGAAGAAUCCAUCUAAAAUAAUGCCUGAUAAACAAACGCCAGCACUAGGAAAAACUAUUCCUGUAUCAAUGGUUGAACAAGCCGAUAAUACUCAGAAGAAAUCAUUAGCUUAUUCACCAAUCAUAGAAAUGAAAUGGACAACUCAAAGUGAACGAACACAAUUGUUAAUCAAAAAAAUGAUAAAUGAUAUGCGCAAGUCAUCAACAUUUGGAAAAAGUUUUUCUGAUACAGUUAUCAAUGCUAUGUUACAAGUACCAAAGCAUUUAUUUGUUGAUAUGACUCUCUAUAAGAAUGUUACUAAAACAAAAGAUGAUGAUGAAUGUCUUAAAUCAAUUUAUAAUUAUGCACAAGCAUUGCGUGCUAGUGAAACACAAAAUAUGAGUUCAACAGAAAUUACUGCUAUUCAAUUGAGUUUAAUACCGUUAAAUUCUGGUGAUCGUGUUUUAUUUCUUGGAGCUAAAGGAGGUUAUAUUCAAACAAUAGCAGCUCAAGUAGUUGGAUUUCAAGGUCAAGUAUGGAUAUGUUCACAAGAUAAUCAAGGUCUUAAACAUGUUGAAAAUGUUCUGAAAAAUCAUGUACCACCUAUUCUUAGACAAAUUAUCAAAUGUGUUUUAGUUAGUAAUAUUCAAGAUGUACAUCAAGUCAAAAAUGGAUUAGAACAACAUUUAAAAUCUACUGAACAAUAUUUUAAUACUAUUCAUGUUUGUGGAGCUAUAUCACAGGAUUCGCUUGAAUAUUUUCAACAAUUUUUACAAGUCGAAGGACAACUCUUAGCACCAAUUAAUAUUGAUGAAAACAAUCAAAAGUUUACUAUUUUACAUAAAACACGAGAUCAAACUUCAGGUCAAGUUACUUUAAAUAAACGAAUACUUCAAGAUUGGGGAAUUAUAUUUGGAUCUGUUCUUUAA